CCAGGGAGGCACCUCCUCACCUGAGAUGAUCUCCCCCCAUCCUCUCCCUUUACUGAGUGAGGAAUAUCCCUCCUGGAUCCACUUUGGGCAGCUCCCCAGACCCCUCACCCCCAGCACCCACCCACCCACCGACCGAACUUCCUGACGGUGCUGGCUGAGGGCCCCCAGGGUCCCCGCACAUCUGUGCUCGAGGGGCGUGUUUUGCUGCAUGAAGAAGUGAAACCAGCUCGAGGGCUUUCCAUUUUCGGCUCCCCGGCCAGCUCCACCCUUCGGCCAGGCAGUGUCUCUCUCCAGCACUGGCCGGAUCGGACUGAGCCGGGGACGAUGGUGCGUGGGGCCGUGCUGCUGUUCCUGUGGCUGGCCGGAGCGGAGAUGCUCCGGGAGGAGCAGGUGGAGCGAAGCGGGUUUUGCAGCUGGAAGUGCAUGAAGUUUGUCCAGAUGUGGCCGGCAUCGUUCUGCGUGGCUCUAGGGCCGAGGUUCGACUGCGUCGUCCCCGAGUCUGCCGACAGCUGGACCAUCCACGGGCUCUGGCCCAGCAACGUCAUGAACUGCUGCAGCUGCUGGCACCUCUUCCCCUCUGACCUGAUGGAUCUGCCCAAGCAGCUGGCCCAGCACUGGCCCACCUUCCUCAACGCCAGCAGCUUCAAAUUCUGGAAGGAAGAGUGGCAGAAGCACGGGACCUGCGCUGGGUGCAUGGAGGCCUUGAGCUCCCCCAGCAAGUACUUCGGGGCGGCCCUCGGCCUGCGCACCACGUACAACAUUGACGGAGCGUUCCAGAGAGCCGGGAUCCUCCCGUCCUGCAAUCACAGCUACCAGCUCCAGACCCUCCAGGAGGCUUUGGUGCCCGUCCUGGGGAAGGAGCAUCAGCUGCAGUGUGUGACCGAUGGCCAGGCCCGCCAGGUCCUGGUGCAGCUCAAGGUCUCUCUCUUCAGCAACUUCUCUGCCGGGUGCCUGGAAGAGGGAGCCUGGGAUUUCUCCCCCUACCGGCCCUGUGAAAACCAGAGACGCAUCUUCUACUUCCCACCGAACCAGAAGAACCCACGGGACCCCUGCCCCUGACCAGCGGUGGGGGUGGGUGGGAGGGUCUUGUGGCUCAGCAGCAGAGAGCCCCAGGGAAGGUUGGAAAUCAGGGGCUCCGUCACCAGAAU